AUGCUUUUCAUGUUGUUGUCGUUGAGGAGGAGUCUUGAGAUAACAAAUGUCAUUUCCGGACAUUUGCAGGAAUAUAGGGUUCUGUCCGGAGUAAUGAUGAAGAUUGCAGUAGUUGGCGCGACUGGUCAAACCGGGGAGCAGCUGGUCAAUCAGGCUCUUCAGCAGGGACACUGCGUCACUGCCCUCGUCAGAAACCCGGCGAAACUGACGCUAACGCACGAGAACCUCAAGGUGGUUGAAGCAGACAUUUUCUCAGAAGACAGCUUGAAACUGCACUUCAAAGGUCAGGAUGCUGUCUUGUCCUGUCUUGGCUUUCCAAUCUCAUUUUUACAUGGAGUCACUGGCUACAGUCAGUCUAUGAAGGCAGCAUUGAAUGCUAUGCGUGAAGUCAAAGUCAAUCGAAUCAUCACCAUGACCUCGUGGUACACUGACCCAAAUUCAGGCUCCAAUUCUUCCUAUUUCAUCCGCUUCAUGUUGCUUCCCAUGAUCAGAAGUGUUCUGAACAACAUGUAUGAAAUGGAAAACCUUCUUAAGCAGACUGAAGACAUCAACUGGACUGUUGUCCGGCCGCCUGGUCUCAAGAAUACACCAACAACAGCCAAUGAGUUCCUCACUCAUGAAGGUUAUUAUGUCCCUGAUGAAAAUGGUGCGCCAAUCGGCCAGUCUGUGUCACGAGGAGAUGUGGCUCGUUUCAUGCUCUCUCUACUCAAUAACAAUGCUUGGAUGAAGAAAGCUGUUGCUAUCGCCACCAAAUGAGGAAAAAAUAUAUGAAAAAAAGCUUGUAAAAACAUUAAAAUGAAGUUGAAGAGCAAGGAAAUGACAAUACACUGCAUGUGCUCUUUUCUUCUCAAAUAUACUGUGUAUGAAAUGUGAAAUUACAUUUAAACAGCCGUAUUUGUAACAAAUAACUUCACUCAUUUAUAAUCAUUAACAAUAUCAAUAUCAAUGUUGAUUUCCUGCAUGACAAAAAAAAAACACAUCAAGCCUUAUUUCUUUUUGUGAUGUCCUUUCCAACAAUAUAUAACUGACAAAACAUUAUAAACAUCAUUAGGAAAAGUUUAUUGACUUGCUAUGCUAUAAUCCUGUAUAACAGAACGUCUGUUGUUAUUGAAUUUUAUAUUAUCAUUUUUUUUUUUACUUUUUUAUGUUCAUAUAUGUAUUACAUAUCUGUAGAUUUAUUUACAGUACACUACAUUCAGAUUUUACAGUUUAUAUGGAUUUUAUGCAGUUACACUACAUGAAUAAGUGGAUGCUCAGGUUAAAAUCAUGACUAUAUUUAAAUGUUAUACAAAAGGUAUUUAACAUUCAAAUAUAUGUUAAAUAGUACACCAGCACACUGAUUUUUGCCCACUAUUAACCAUAUAGUUGUAAUCUAAUGAACUACUUGCUGAAAUAGACUACAACAACAUAACACAAUAUAUUUAGAGAGAACCUGUAGUUCCUGACACAAACCACUAUAAGGCUUUCACUGUGCCCGAAGACACUGGGUUUGGUGAAGCAGCCAGUUCAGCAUGAACACACACAAAUCUGAUUUUUGGAAACAAAUACCUGUUGAAUGAUGACCUUUUCUGCUGUUAUUGCUGAAUGUUUGAUGUUGAGCAAGUGAAUUCAUUAAAUUGUCCUUUAAGAUGCAGUCUGCCAUUAACUUUAUGCAACUGAUGUCUUAUGACCACACGAGUGCAGUGUUGCACUGUUUUUAAUAAACCACUUGUAUACCCUGCCUGUACCUUGUGAGUAUAUGCAUCAAGGCCUACAUUAAAUGUCAUAAGUUAAUGGAGUAAAAAAUGACCAAUAAAAUUAAGAAAAUAA